GUCGAGGUAUUACGGUUGUGAGCAAGAUGGCCGCCUCCGUGAAUAGCUGUGUGUAGUUUAAAGGUUUCGUAAUAUUUUGUUAGGUUUACUUGCUCUUUUUACAAACCUGACUGUGUAUGCCGUCAACUUCAGUAUUCUCCAUGUUGACUAAGAAAUUUCCACCUUUGGAGAGUUUCCUGCUUCUGGUCUCCAGGCAUGCCAGCCACCUUGCCAGACAGCGCUAUGACGUCAUUGUGGUGGGUGGAGGUCAUGCGGGGACCGAGGCGGCAGCGGCGGCCUCCAGGGUUGGAGCGCAGACGCUGCUGGUCACACAGAAAAUAAAAACUAUUGGUGCCUUGUCAUGCAACCCGUCCUUGGGCGGAGUAGGAAAGGGUCACCUGGUGAAGGAAGUGGACGCUUUAGACGGGGUUUGUGGUCGAGCAGGAGACUGGGCUGGCAUCCAUUUCUCCAUCUUGAACCGGAAGAAAGGCCCUGCUGUGUGGGGGCCACGGGCUCAACUGGACCGCCAACGCUACCGCCAGUUUAUUCAAUCAGAGCUGCUAUCCACUCCCGGACUGACGAUUCUGGAGGGAUCUGUAGAGGAGCUUCUUGUGACAGAACCAAACCCAGAAGAGCACGGACAGCACAAAGUCACCGGAAUACGCUUGGCUGGUGGAAGUCUUCCAAUCUCUGCUGGCUCUGUGGUUCUUACCACUGGUACGUUCCUCUCCGGUUCCCUCUUCAUGGGUCAGACCACAUCCCCUGGAGGCCGGAUUGGAGAUGCCCCAUCCAGCACUGGGAUGUCCUACACGCUGCGGGAACGGCUGGGGCUAAAGCUGGGCCGACUCAGGACGGGGACCCCUCCCAGAAUUGUGAAGAGUUCUGUUGACUUCCAUGAAGCUACGCUGCACCCCCCUGACAGCCAGCCUAGUCCCUUCAGCUUCCUGAAUACACACACUCACUGCAAGCCUGAAGAGCAGCUGCCAUGCUUUUUGACCUUUACCAAUCCUGGUGUGGAUAACGUGGUGAAGGAGAGUGUUCAUCUCAACUGUCACAUACAGCAAGACACCAAAGGCCCUAGGUACUGUCCCUCAAUUGAGUCCAGAGUACUUCGCUUUCCGGGCCGCAGGCAUCAGGUGUGGCUGGAGCCUGAAGGAAUGACCUCAGACCUCAUAUACCCUCAGGGUCUGUCUAUGACUAUGCCCCCUGACAUUCAACUCCGCCUCAUCAGAGAGAUACCGGCCUUGCGCAGAGCCGAAAUCCAGACACCUGGUUAUGGCGUGCAGUAUGACUUUGUGUGCCCCACUCAGCUGAGCCCUGCACUGCAGGUGAAAAGCACUCAGGGUCUCUUUCUCGCCGGGCAGAUUAACGGGACCACAGGGUACGAGGAGGCUGCAGCACAGGGAUUGUGGGCGGGGGUCAACGCUGCCCGUGCGGCGCUCUCCAUGCCAACAAUGGCGCUGUCUCGGACUAAUAGCUACAUUGGCGUUCUUAUCGACGACCUGGUAACGCGAGGUGUCACGGAACCUUACAGGAUGUUCACAAGUCGGGCUGAGUUUCGCACGUCUCUAAGGCCGGACAACGCAGACUUGCGCCUAACGCUGAAAGGUUUUGAGGAGGUGGGAUGUGUGUCAUCCAUGCGGUACAGGGGGACUGUGCGAGUGCGGGACAGUCUUCAGGAAGCAAUAGCAGCUCUCCAGGAUGUCUCCAUGUCCAUCAUCAACUGGAGACACAAGCUUCCACAUGUGCCCAUCAGUGAGAUGAAGACUGGCAGUCUGACUGGCUCAGAGAUGUUACAGUACAACGACGUGUCCUUUGAAACGUUAGCAGCCGCCUUCCCAGAAUGCCUUUCAGCGUACAGGGAAUUUGCACAAAGGCUGAAGAUAGAAGCUGUGUACAGGCCCCACUGUAUCUACCAGCAAAAGGAAAUGGAGAGAAUUCAAAAGGAAGAGAGCAUGUCUCUCCCACAGGACUUGGACUACUUCUCUCUGCCGGUGUCUCUCUCUCAGGAAGUCCGAGAGAUUUUGGACAGAGUUCGGCCCACCACAUUGGGUGUUGCAACACGUUUGCAAGGAAUAACUCCGGCUGCGAUCGUCAACCUUUUCAACUAUGUUCGACACUCGAACAGGAAGCUGAAAAUAAUGCAGAGGAGCUAACUCCACCAAAAGGAGUGAAGAAAAA